UCACCGUCGUCAGCCUCUCCCUUCCGGCAUUGGUGAAGAUGAUGGCUGUUUGAUGUACCUAUCAUCGAAUUACUGCAAGUGCCUAUAAUCUUUUAGAUGUGGUUCUUUACCAAGCAACUUAUGGCCACAAUAUAUCAGCAAAAGGCGGUCGAUAUAAAUGAGAGGGAGCUUGGGCUUGAUCAUCCUGACACAAUAAAAAGCUAUGGGGACCUUUCUGUCUUUUACUAUCAUAUGCAACAAUACGAGCUCGCUUUGAAUGUGUCAGAUCUUCUGGAUUUUAUAAGUCCCGAGCUUGAUUCUAAUGGAAAUGAACAAGCUCAGAGAAAACAGCAGCGUGGGAAGAUACUUCUACCAAUAAGUGAACAAAACCUUCAACGUGAAGAUGCACCAAGCAAUGUGGGUGUUGUCUAUAAUGGCUUGGAAUAUGCUACUGGUACGGCAGAAAACAAAACAAAAGAAAGAUCUGGCAUGGUGGAUUAUGAAGUUAUGAACGAAAAUGGCAAUAAUGUCCCUAUGUAUAGUCCACCAGUGUCAAGUGAAUCUAUUCACCAGGAGGAGACAUCAUCAGAUGAGGGCUGGCAAGAAGCCAAUUCAAAAGGGCGAUCUAGGAACACAGCGAAUCACAAGCUUGGUCGCAAAGGAUCUCAUCUUUCAAAGCUGAGGACUACUGUUAUCAGAGAAAGUCCACAGAAAUCAAGUUCAAGAGUCCUCUCAAAAGUAUUAUCUCCAUCUAGGCAAUCAGAGCCUGAAAACUUGGCUUUCAUAGAAGAUUCUGCCGGUCAACUAAGUCCAACAAAACCUACUAGAGUGUCUAAAAGUUCUGCUAGCCUAAUACCAUAUGACACGUUCAUGUCUUCUGGAACAAAUUUUUCUUUUCUAUUUAAUAAAAUAACAAAGGAAUUGAACUAUAACCACAUAAUUAACAAGGUUCUUUUUUUACUUUACACUCUGCAUAAAGAAAAACACAGAAAAUACAAUGAAAAGCCAGCAUCUUAA